AUGUGCGGCUCGUGCUGCUCCCCUUGCUGCCAGCCUACGUGCUGCAGGACCACCUGCUGCAGGACCAUCUGCUGCCGGCCCAGCUGCUGCGGGUGCGACGGCGGCUGUGGACAAGGCGGCUGCGGGUCCAGCUGCGGGGGGUCCUGCUGCUGCCAGCCCUGCUGCUGCUGCCGCCCAACAUGCUGUCAGACCACCUGCUGCAGGACCCUGUGCUGCCGGCCCAGCUGCUGCGGCUGCGGACAAGGCGGCUGCGGGUCCAGCUCCUGCGGGUCCUGUUGCUGCCGCCCAACUUGCUGUCACACCACCUGCUGCAGGACCACGUGCUGCCGGCCCAGCUGCUGCGGCUGUGGCGGCGGCUGUGGACAAGGCGGCUGCGGCUACGGCGGCUGCGGGUCCUGCUGCUGCCAGCCUUGCUGCUGCUGUUGCUGCCCAACUUGCUGUCACACCACCUGCUGUAGAACAACCUGCUGCCAGCCCAGCUGCCUCGGGUGCGGCAGCGGCUGUGGACAAGGCGGCUGCGGGUCCGGCUGCUGCGGCAUUCACGAUGUCACGGCGUCGAUCCACAGCUCGCAUACCACACGCCUUGUCCAUCUAGAGCCUCCUACACUCCUCCACCAACUCACGUCUCCAUUUGCAGAUGAGGAACUCAUGGGACGUCUUGUCCUAGAGCUGACGGGGACGCACUAG